UAAGUUUCUUGGCCCAGAGACAGAUUGAAACGGGGAGGAGUCUGAUACACCGAGUUCAGCUUAGGACAGACUGAAGGACAAACAAGCAGGAAGGAGAAUUCGUCAGAAAAAUAAGGGGACAGUAAAGCUUUCUGAACACUGCCUACCUGAAGAACAAUGUCUCUGACUCCAGCCGCCUUGGCCGCUCGUCGAGUGUUUGCUGCUGCGUCGCAUUCAGGCGAGGGAGGAGCGAGGACAUGGAAGAUUCUGACCAUCGUUCUGGCCUUCCCUGGCGUCAGUGUCUGCAUGGCCAACGCCUACAUGAAGAUGCAGGCUCACUCACAUGACCCACCAGAAUUUGUGCCAUAUCCUCACCUUCGUAUCCGCACUAAGAGAUUUCCCUGGGGUGAUGGAAACCACACUCUGUUCCACAACCCCCACACUAACGCUCUUCCUGAUGGCUACGAGAGCUCCCAUCACUGAGAGGAUCAGACGUAUUUCUCAGCUAUGCUUCAAGCUAACUCCAGUCUGCAGAAUACUUAGCUCGAUUACACUGUCAGAGGGGCCAAGCAGCAGCGCCGUGAAGCCGUGCUCCCAGACAGGAAUAAAACCACUUUGUGCUGUA